AUGGACGCCACCAAAAGGCCGCCCUCAAGUAAUGAUCUCGAAAUGGGCCAGCCCGAUGACACGGGCGAGGAGAUCCCAAUAUCAGAUUCACGCAGGGAACAAGAAGAACCGGACUCCUAUGACGAAAACGCGGGACUCUCAGAACUGGCCAUGCCCCAGCCUGCACGUCGAGAGGAUCCCGAGCAGGACGAUCUGGAACGAGAAGAAACAACGGCUCGGAGACUGAGCCAGCGAGGUCGAGCAUCGGACGACGAAUACCUCACCGAGCUUCGGGUGCCUUCAAUUGUCGACCGUGGCCCUCAGGGCGAUCUUCGAGCUUCGGGGCCUGUUGUCGAAUCAUCUCCUUCCAGUAGUGAAGAAAAGGAAGAAGACUCCAGGACCAGCAACCACCCGGCUCUAGUACCGCUCACCGAGUUUUACGUAGUUGGACAUCUUAUCUUCUUCGCCAUCCUGGGCACUCUGAGUCGGCUGGGGGUCGAAGCCAUCAACACCUACCCGGAUGCUCCUGUGAUGUCGCCGGUGCUCUGGGCGAACGUGGGCGGCUCCCUCAUCUUCGGUUUCCUAGCUGAGGACCGCCAGCUGUUCAAGCAGGAAUGGGGAACAUACGCCGACCCCUGGUCCCACGAGCGGCCUAGGGGAGACCGACGGAGCGGCAGUACCGACGACGAGAUUGCCUCAAAGCACAAGCACCUAAAAGUCAAGAAGACGAUCCCCUUGUACAUUGGCCUCUCGACCGGCUUUUGCGGCUCUUUCACCUCCUUCUCGACCUUCCUCCGGGACGCCUUCCUGGCGCUGAGUGGACAGCUCGGGUCAUUGACGCACCACCACGAGCCGAGCCCAAGGAGGCGUGGGUACGAUUUCGAGGCCGUCACCGCCGUCCUGAUCGUGCAGGUGGGGUGUUCACUCGCGGCGCUGAAGUUUGGCGCUCACCUGGCACUUGCCACGCAGAAAAUCACGCCGACGCUACCUUUCCACUGGGCCCGUCGAAUCUUGGACCCGACUGUCAUCCUCCUCGGCGUUGGAUGUUGGAUCGGCGCCAUUAUGCUGGCGAUCUGGCCGCCCCAUGACGCCUGGCGGGGCGAGGUGAUAUUCGCGCUGGUCUUCGCGCCCGCGGGCUGCCUGUUCCGGUUCUACCUCUCCAAACACCUGAACCAGCGCGUGCCGGCGUUCCCCGUGGGCACGUUCCUGGCCAACGUCUCCGGCACGGCCGCGCUGGGUGUGUGCUUCAUCGUGCAGCGCUUCGGGCACCGCGGCGUGCUCUCGUGCCAGGUCCUCAACGGCGUCAUGGACGGCUUCAGUGGCUGCGCCACCACCGUGAGCACCUGGGUCGGCGAGCUGGAGACGCUCCGCCGCAGACACGCCUACGUCUACGGCGGCGCCAGCCUGGCGGUCAGCCUGGCUAUUCUGGUCGUCAUCAUGGGCAGUCUGUUGUGGAGCGCUGGGUUUGAUGUUCCUGCUUGCCGUGUGUAG